CCCUCCCUUUACCUUUCGUUUUAUCUGUCUCAUUCUCGUCUUUCGUCUCAUUUCCUUUCAUAUUUAGUUUUACAUUCCCAUGGACACUUCACAGGGAAAUGUCUUAUUUGGUGCAGAACUCAAGGAUCAAAUACCUGUCAUCAAUCAACAUAUCGUCAAUGGUAUCGCAUUCCUGAGUGAAUUCAGAGACUUCUGCAAAGAACGCGCUAACAUAGAGCGUGAUUACGCGCACAGAAUUGAGGCUCUCGUGCGCAAGUACCAACAUAAAAAAGAAAAAAAGAACGCUCAUAAUGCUGGGGUCCCUCAUUCCCCAAUUGAACCGGAUUUUGAUACUGGAUUUGAUGAAACAACAACAUCCAAGGCGUGGUCCGGAAUUUUGAAUGAUACCGAGGCUUUGUCAAGGGAUAGGCAGCUGUUUUCGGAGUCGAUAAUCUCCAAGGUCAUAUCCAAUUUGCUCAAAAAUUACUUGCGGAAAGAGAUAGCUCCUGCUGAUCUACCUUUUGAGUCGUCCCCCACGUUCAACGAUACAGAAGAGCUUGUCGUGGACGAAAAUGCCCAAGUGUUUUUGAGUAAUAAGCUUAUGAAGUUGAGACGCAAACAGGCACAGGCUACUGUUGAUAUUACCACUCGAAUUAAGGAUUUGGAGGGACUAUAUAAUCUUAAAGAAGCUUAUACGAACAACAAGGACCUUGGAAAUCCUGAUGAUGUGAAUGAAAAUAUUUUGGAAUCUUCAAGAAACCGACGUACAAAAUCAACCACAUGAUUUUAAGGCGGCAUCGUUCACCAUUCCAACAUCCUGCGAUUAUUGCCAAUCUACUAUCUGGGGAAUUGCUAAACAAGGAUUUACCUGUCGAGACUGUGGAUAUAAUUGCCAUUCUAAAUGUGAGAUGAAGGUUCCACCUAACUGUAGCAACGUCAAGGGAGGCGCUAAGGCUCAACGGACCUCCAUUAUCAUACCCUCCUCCUCCACUGUCUCAAAUCACAGCCCCAUGUCUUCGCUUCCACCCGAGUAUGCCCCCUCCGCCACACCCAUUUCUGAACUCUCCCGUCAU